ACAGAAACCGGGAUAAGCUCCGGCCUGAUGGGCCACUUGGCUCGUAUGCAGACUUAACCUUUACCGCAGCAUGUUGUUGCAAAUAGUAUUAUUACUUAUAUUUUUGAUGCCAAUCUAUGAUUGUACAUUUGAUUCACUGAUUUCUCAUAAUCAUACUUGUUAUCAUUUCAUUGGAAGACUUAUUUUCCCUUGCUACUAGCUUCAUGCAAUCACUGUUUGUUGUGUACAAGUUUAUAGCAUCUAAAAUUACAAAUAAUCUGAUAUGACGAUGUUGAAAGUGAUGAUACCAAGCCAAGUGAAGAUGAGAAGUCAAUCAGAAAAGCGAUUUGAAAGAAAUUGAUGAUUAUGAUGGUGAUGAUGUUAAUGAUGAUGGUGAUGAUGAUGAUGAUGAUUUGCAACAAAAGAAAAUUUUAUCAAAUGUCUUUGUCAUUUAUUUUAUAUUCUAUAAGUCAGAAGAAACCAGUAGAUGAGAUUUAAUAUAACUUUACACAUUUUUGACUACGUAAGUCUACUUUUUCACUCUGGAUAUCAGUGAGUUAUCCUCAUGAUCCUUUUAUAAAUGACACAGUUGAACUCAGAAAACUGUGGACACAUAUGUUACAUGGCAAAGGCUGCCCAUCCCGCCACAGAGUGCUGGUGCAGGUGCAUGUGAUCAAGUUAAUACAGAGCAAAGUAAUACUGUGCUAUGCAUGGUGCCCUUAAAAAAAUAAAUAAAUAGGUAAGUAAAUAUUUAUGGAAGGUUAUUGGGUAUAUAUAUAUAUGAAGCAAGGUAAGAGCCUUGAAUGAUAUUAAUUAUUAUUAGGUGUGAGAAAACUAAACCACAGAGUCUGCAAACAGCGACAGUAAUGGGUUUGUGUUUUUGAGGUUUGAUCACGUGUCCUGAACUUCAUUGUGAUGGUCAGUACACAACUGACCUUUCAAACUCAAAUUGAAAUGUUCACUUCUUCUUCUUCUUUUUUUUUUUUUUACAGACAGUUUUGUAGUCCACCUUAAUUUUAAAAGAAAUUGUACAUCUAUAAUAUUAACUUGGAAUAAAACCCCAAACAAUGAAUUGUUUUUCACAACCAGAGUUGUGGAACCAAAGCAUGUUUUACAUGGCAAGAGGAAACGUUCUAGCCUUGACGUGUAUGUAUAACUCAAAAUGUUGGAUCUGUCUCAUCCUGAUCACUCACAUUUUGAUGAAUAUAAAACAGAGAUUUCAUGGCUAAAUUAUUAUUAUAAUUUUCUACCAAUAAUGUAAUGAAUUUGUUUAUAAGUAACUUGUAAGAUGUUGUUUUGAGAUAUUUUAUUCAAUAUUUUUUCUGAUGUCAAUUCAAAUUCUCCCUACAAUUCAAUACAUUUGCUUAGAAUGCCAUUUAGGCAUUAUAAACAAAUUUUAAAUAACUCAUUUCUUAAUAUAUUUGUAUAUAACUAUUUUUAGGCAUCUAUUGUAUAUUACAUAUUUACAUAGAUUAUAUAAUCCUAUUUUUUUUAUAUAUACAAUUUUGAGUUCACGCACACGUUUUAACGAGCACUUGCACUCCUAGGUGUCGUGUGGUUAAAUAAAGUAUUGAUUGAUUGAUUGAUUGAUUAGGAAGGUUUGGAAGAACAUUUUAGCAGAUUUUAGUGCUUGACCUUAGCAUCUUUUCAUUUCAUCUUCUAACAACUGAACAAAUCGGUUUAAUUUGUUACCGUAAAAUGUCCACACACAAUUUUAGGAGUAAGUUUUAAAGAUUAAAGAUAAUGGCCAAAAGAAAAAAAAAAUAUCGUGCACUGGCCGGGAAUCGAACCCGGGCCUCCCGCGUGGCAGGCGAGAAUUCUACCACUGAACCACCAGUGCAGGUUAUGAGAGAGAUGGGUGAAAUCGUAAUAUUUAUCAUGUUUAAAAAAAAGGUUGGCCGUAAGAAAUUUCUUUAUUGUGUCUUGAUGCCCUGUAUCUUUCUCGCUAGUGAAUUUUAUUGAAGGAGAUAAGGUAUUAACAACCGUGACGUAGACAGUUUGAAAAUUUGAGAAAAUUUUAAAACAACUUUAGUCGACGCUGACACGUGGACUGUAAAAAUUAGCAUACAUCGGAGGGUAUUGCUGUUUAUUAACAACCGCAGACCAAUUGAAUAAUUUUUGGAGUUUUUCAGAACCGGCUUAUGAUUUGUAUCUGAAGUUCGAAAGAUUUCAGUAUUUUAAGACACUAAAGGAGGUUCAAAUGAUACCGGACUACAAUCCUGUUACUCAAGCUCUUCUGGGAACUUUAUUUACCUGGGCAGUAACAGCGCUGGGGUCAGCGCUGGUGUUUGUUUUCAACAGUGGUCAGAGAAAGAUUUUAGAUGCAAGCUUGGGAUUCGCCGCUGGGGUCAUGCUGGCCGCAUCUUAUUGGUCUUUGCUUGCUCCAGCUAUUGAGAUGGCAGAGAUAUCUGGAAGUUAUGGAAAGGAUGGCAAGUUUGCCUUCAUUCCGGUGUCUGUAGGGUUUGUUCUCGGAGCAGUGUUUGUCUAUGGAGCUGACAAGCUUAUGCCAUUUCUGGGUGUAGAAUCGUCUAACAUAACUGAUGCCAUUACUGGUGACUUCCAGAAUGGAAGUGCAUGCAAAGAAAAGGAAUUAAGAGAGGACAUACAACACACUGAAGUCUCCAUAACUAACUUCUCAUACAGUAGAGAUACAUCACAGCUAACGCAGAGAAAGAGAGAGAAUUUAUACACAAGUAAACAAGAAGUUGAUCAGGAAGGGCAAAAAUCAAGAGAGCAGCAUGCCAGCUGGAGAAGAAUACUUUUACUAAUUAUUGCAAUUACUGUUCACAAUAUUCCAGAGGGACUAGCAGUUGGGGUAGGAUUUGGUGCUAUAGGAAAAACAGCUUCUGCAACUUUUGAAAAUGCCAGAAAUCUAGCGAUAGGUAUUGGAAUUCAAAACUUUCCCGAAGGGCUUGCCGUCAGUCUCCCUCUUCGAGGAGCAGGAUUUUCCUCAUGGAAGAGUUUUUGGUAUGGUCAACUCAGUGGUAUGGUAGAGCCAAUUGCUGGACUGUUUGGUGCUUUUGCAGUCGUGGUUGCUGAGCCCCUGUUACCGUAUGCUUUGGCAUUUGCCGCUGGUGCAAUGAUUUAUGUUGUAGUAGAUGAUAUCAUACCAGAGGCACAGACAAGUGGUAAUGGUCGUUUGGCUUCCUGUACAACUAUUGUUGGUUUUGUUGUCAUGAUGUCACUGGACGUAGGACUUGGAUGAGAACAGUCUAGCUUAAUUCAUAUUUUAUCAAUUAUGGCCUGUUGGAGCAGUAAUUUAACUCAGGAUAUGGAUUUGAACUACCUGCAGGAUAAUAUGCCCUGCAGUAAGGAGGGUUUUGUACAAAACACCGGGUUACAAAGUACACUAUGAUGGAAAGAAGACGAUGAAGGAGGAGGACUGGAGUCUCUGUCAUGUCAGACUUUCUCCACAAUCCACCGCACGAAAAAAGUUGGCGGCUGUACAUUCUACCACAAUACCUUGCGAACCUAACACAGCCUGUAAGGCACAAAGAAAGCCCAAUUUUUACAAUAUCUGUCCCUGUACGAAGGACAUUCUUUACGCUAGGUUUGAAGAUUUUGUAACUCUUCUGUACGUUUUUACGAACGUUGUUAUUUUUUGCGUGCGCUCAGAAUUAUGGGUAAAUGUACCAAUCGUCAUCUUUUUUCCUACAGAGGAUUGCUGAAGCUUCCUAUUGUUAGUGCACGCUGGUUCUAUGUAUCAUAGCGUAGUCCCGCAGAAAACGCAGCUUUUUCAAGUUCUAAUUAAAUCUUCUCGAUGUAA